AUGGGCAGCGUGGUUCUCUUGCUUUUAUUGGCUCCUUUCUCUGGUCUGGCUCCAGUGAUGGCCAACGCUCUGGAGAAGCUCAAACAGUACACCAAGGUGGUCGCGGACACGGGUGACUUUGAUACCAUCAAGGAAUUCCAGCCCCAGGAUGCUACUACGAACCCCUCGCUGGUGUACAAGGCUGCGCAAAUGAAGCAGUACUCCAAGGUUGUGGACAAGGCCAUCAAGUAUGCCAAGGAAAAUGCCUCCAGCAAAGAUGAGCAAGUUGAGCUCGCCUCGGACGCUCUCUUUGUUGGCUUCGGCACUGAAAUCCUCAACAUUGUUCCUGGCCGCGUCUCGACUGAGGCUCAGAACCCCAACAAGGAAUACACUGCUGAGACUGAUCCCGGGGUCGAAUCCGUGACCUCAAUUUACAACUACUACAAGAAGCAUGGUUAUAAGACCGUUGUUAUGGGUGCCUCCUUCCGCAACCCGGGCGAGGUCAUGGCUUUGGCUGGCUGCGACUUGCUGACCAUUUCCCCUGAACUCCUCGGCAAGCUGAAGGAGGAUUCCGACAGCAAGGUGCCCCAGGCUCUUUCCGUCGAGAAGGCCCAGUCAGUGGACGUGGAGAAGAUUUCUUUGGAUGAGAAGCAAUUCCGCUGGAUGCUGAACGAGGAUGCCAUGGCCACCGAAAAGCUUUCCGAGGGCAUCCGCAAGUUUGCUGCUGAUCAGAUCAAGCUUGAGGAGCAGAUCAAGGGCCUACUCAACGAAUAA